AUGUCACGGGAUCGCUUUGAAAGCAUCCUAUGGUCCCUGCACCUGAGCGACCCGGCAGAAGACGAAGAGAACGACCGCAAGAAGAACACUGCAGAGUAUGACCGACUCUUCAAGAUCAAACCCUUGUACACUGAGAUAGUGAAUGCCUGCAAAGUACACUUCCAGCCUUAUCGGAACAUUUCCAUAGAUGAAAGGAUGGUGGCUACUAGGUCUCGCAUAAGUAGGAAGCAGUACAUGGAGGCAAAGCCCAGAAAGUGGAGGUACAAAUUAUUUGUCCUUGCGGACUCCUUAACGUCCUACACGUGGAAUUUUUUAAUCUAUGAUGGGAAGAGUAGGAACAAUUCAGGCAAGGGUUUGAGCUACACUUCAGUAAUGGACCUUUUGCAAUUCCCAGUCCUCGGUCGCGGCUACACACUGUUUGUCAACAAUUUCUAUUCCAGUGUUGACGUCUUUGAGGAAUUGUCCAGACAAAACAUUGGUGUAUGUGGGAAAAUCAGAAAAAAUCAGGUUGGCUUUCCGAAGACCACAAAGAAUGACCUGCCAAAGAAAGCUGAAAGGGGAGAUAUGCGGUGGAUACGUCAAAACAAACUUCUGUUUGUAAAAUGGAUGGACGCGCGUGAAGUGACGAUGUGCUCCACUGUGCAUGAAGCAUUUAGCGGACAGACUGUGAAGAGGAGAGUGAGAAAGGCUGGCGUGUGGCAGACCAAAGAUGUGCCCGUUCCCGAUGCUGUUUUAAAGUACAAUCAGAGCAUGGGUGGCGUGGAUUUGUCCGACGCUUUGACUGGCUACUACACUGUGCACCAUAAAACUCUGAAAUGGUAUAAGACCUUCUUUUACUAUUUUAUGGACAUCGCUGUGGUCAACAGCUUCCUUCUUCAUAAGGAACUAUACAAAAGGAAGAACCAUCCCAACAUGAAAAGGCUUUUCAACCAGAAGCUCUUCAGGGAGACACUCGCUUCAGAAAUGCUGAAGUUUGCCAAAGCCUCAGAACCACCUCCAACACCACCAGCAACCUCCUGCAUGCCUGCAUAUCAUGGAGACGAUGGUACCCAAGCCAGGAGGUACUGCAAGCGAUGUCACGAGGCUGGCAUCAAAAAGAUGAAGACACCUGUGUACUGCACAGCGUGCCUGGUCUCUCUGUGCUUCACUUCUAAAAGGAACUGCUUCAUGGAGUGGCACAAGAAAUCAGAUUAA